UAACGGCAAAAACGACCUUCCCAAAGAAGAAACCUCGCACAGAAAAAAAAAAAAAAAAGAUUCACUUUUUUUCUCUUUAUUUUCUGUUUCACUUUCUAUUUAUAAUCGUACUGGUUCUCUUUUGAUUUAGUUUUCAAUUUUAUUUUUUUGGGUUAUUUUUAUUUAUUUAUUUUUAACAUGUUUGAGGAAUCAGUUUCAGCUCUUCGUAUAUGAAGCUUUCCCCUGUUUUCAAAUUCUCAUUUGUUUUACGAACUUAGAAUCAUCAAAAUUAAGGGUUUGAAUUCGAUAAAGGAAUCAUUUCGUAAUCUUAGGAAGAAAGAAUUUAGCGGAGUUUCGGGACCAUGAAUCCGUAUUUUCCGGUGAAGGAAGAGUAUCCGAACUCGAGUUAUUCACAGUCCGACGAUGACCCGCCGGUGAUGAUGAUGGGGCCGGCGCCACCGCAGCCGAUGGAGGGUCUUCACGAUUCAGGGCCACCGCCAUUCCUCACGAAGACCUUUGACAUUGUUGAUGAUCCUAGCACUAAUUACAUAGUUUCGUGGAGCAGAGCAGGUAGCAGCUUUGUUGUGUGGGAUCCUCACGCUUUCUCCACUAAUCUUCUUCCUCGAUAUUUCAAGCACAAUAAUUUCUCUAGUUUCGUUAGGCAACUCAAUACUUACGGUUUCAGAAAAACUGAUCCAGAUAAAUGGGAGUUUGCCAAUGAAGGGUUCCUUAGGGGCCAUAAGCAUCUGCUGAAGAACAUUAGGAGAAGAAAGACCACAUCUCAGCCCCCACCAUCUCAGCAACCUUUAGGUCCUUGUGUUGAAGUUGGCAGAUUUGGGGUAGAUGGGGAAGUUGGUCGAUUGAAGCGGGACAAGCAGGUGUUAAUGAUGGAAUUAGUGAAACUAAGACAACAGCAACAAAGCACUCGAGCUUAUAUUCAAGCCAUGGAAGAAAGGUUACAAGGCACUGAAAAGAAGCAGCAACAAAUGAUGUCUUUCUUGGCUAGAGCUAUGCAGAAUCCAGCUUUCCUCCGGCAGUUGAUGCAACAGAAGGAGAAAAGGAAGGAGCUCGAAGAAGCCAUGUCGAAGAAAAGGCGACGGCCGAUCGAUCAACGACAUGUAGGCCAAUCGAGCCGAGAUAGCGAGGGGAUAAAUCCGGUUAAAACUGAACCUCCGGAGUAUGGUGAGUACGGAUACCAAGUGACAGAGUUGGAAGCAUUGGCACUGGAAAUGCAAGGGUAUGGUAGGGCCAGAAGGGAGCAAGAGGAACCACAAGAUGAACUCCAACAUGGACAUGGCCAUGACAGAGAGCUUGAUGAAGGGUUUUGGGAAGAAUUAUUGAAUGAGAGAUUUGAAGGAGAGUUGGAUAUACCUGAAGGAGGUGAAGAUGAAGAUGUGAAUGUAUUGGCUGACCGGUUGGGGUAUUUGGGUUCAAGUCCAAAGUAGCAAUUGCAUGUUUUUGUAGCAUUAGUUCAUAAUCUCUUAAUUUUCUGCAGAAAAGGGGUCUUAAAGAAAAACAACACAAUUAGGCCACGAUCUAUUCACAUUGCUUUGAAUCUCUGAUGCUUUAUUUGGCAGGAUAGGGGGGGGGGGGAAUUACAUUCCAAAAAAGAACCAUAUCCAGAGGAAAAUCUCUCUUUGUUGCUGGUUUCUCUUCAUCUGCAAUUCCCUUUUGUAUAUCCAUUUUGCCCGCUUAUGUUUCUCUAUCUUUGGUUAGGUAUUUGCAGCUAUGUAGAUCAGAAUCUGCUGUUGUGUUCAUCGUCAUGACCUGUUUCGAGGUUCUUUCUUUACAAUUGUAGAUUUGUUCUGAAGCUGUUGAAAAUCGACAAGUUGUAGCUGCAAGUUGCAAAGAAAAAACACGACUAAGAUUUUGCUAUUGGAAUCCAAUUCACAAUCAUCACUUGGUAGCCUUUAACCUUUUCUUUUUUUUUUUUGGUCAGUUCAAUUUCGCUGUAUUUUUGUUCGUCUCUUUCUUGGGAGGCGGUGGCAAGAACCAUGGUCGGUGAUACUAGACCGUUUAAUAUCAUAUCCAACUCCAGUGUUAUCACUUAAUCUUAUAGUGCUUUAAUAUCAUGAUUGAGCAUUUUUCAA